AUCUGAAAGCUGUCUUCAAAAGUGGCGGGAACCCUACUCUUCUUCCACGUUUCCCUCUCUUCGCUUGUACUUCCACUUCCAUUGCUGAACCCUCUCCCUACCCAAAAAACCAGAGCAAUGAACAACGGCAGCGCUCGGAAAGGUCGACCGCCGCCGCAGCACCCAUCGCCGGCUCCAGCGGCCAAGCACCAGGCACUUUCUCAAGAGGAAGAUUUCGUCGACGAAGAUGUCUUCCUCGACGAGAAUCUUCUCGAUGAGGACACUCUCAUCCUCCGCGACAUCGAGGAGCGUCAGGCCCUCGCUACCCGGCUUUCCAAGUGGGCUCGUCCACCUCUUUCCCAGGAUUACCUGUCCCAGUCGAAGAGCAUCGUGUUUCAGCAAUUGGAAAUUGAUUACGUGAUCGGGGAAAGUCACAGAGAACUGUUGCCGAAUUUGUCUGGGCCUGCCGCUAUUCUUAGAAUUUUCGGGGUUACGAGGGAAGGACAUAGUGUAUGCUGCCAUGUUCAUGGAUUUGAACCAUACUUCUAUAUCAGUUGUCCUCCAGGCAUGGGUCCUGAUGAUAUCUCUAUCUUCCACCGAAUUCUUGAGGCUAGAAUGAAGGAGGUAAAUAGGAACAGUAAAGCACCUAACUUUGUGCGGCGCAUUGAAUUGGUGCAAAAGAGAAGUAUUAUGUACUACCAGCAGCAGACUUCUCAUCCAUUUCUUAAAAUCGUUGUUGCACUGCCAACAAUGGUCACCAGCUGCCGUGGUAUUCUUGAUAGAGGCAUACAAAUUGAUGGCCUUGGUAUGAAAAGCUUCAUGACAUAUGAAAGCAAUGUGCUUUUUGCCCUCCGCUUUAUGAUUGACUGCAAUGUUGUUGGUGGAAACUGGAUUGAGGUUCCUGUGGGAAAAUCUAAAAAAACUGUUAGAAAUUUAUCAUAUUGCCAAUUGGAGUUUGACUGCCUAUAUUCAGACUUGAUCAGCCAUGCCCCAGAAGGGGAAUUUUCUAAAAUGGCUCCAUUUCGGAUAUUGAGUUUUGAUAUUGAGUGUGCAGGGCGUAAAGGCCAUUUUCCUGAGCCUACCCAGGAUCCUGUGAUUCAGGUGGCAAACCUAGUUACUUUGCAGGGAGAGGACCAACCGUUCACUCGCAAUGUCAUGACCCUCAACUCUUGCUCUCCUAUUGCGGGUGUUGAUGUCUUAUCAUUUGAUACAGAACGUGAAGUAUUGCUGGCUUGGAGGGAUCUAAUUCGUGAAGUAGACCCUGAUAUAAUAAUUGGAUAUAACAUCUGCAAAUUUGAUUUGCCAUAUCUAAUCGAGAGAGCCGAGACACUGAAAAUACCAGAAUUUCCAGUAUUUGGUCGCAUCAGGAAUAGUAAAGUUCGUGUCAAAGAUACUACUUUUUCUUCAAGACAGCUUGGAACAAGGGAGAGUAAAGAAAUAACGGUGGAAGGAAGAGUUCAAUUUGAUUUACUUCAGGUUAUGCAACGAGAUUAUAAAUUAAGUUCGUACUCGUUGAAUUCUGUCUCUUCACAUUUCCUUUCUGAACAGAAAGAGGAUGUUCACCAUUCAAUAAUAUCAGAUCUUCAAAAUGGCAAUGCGGAAACACGGAGACGGCUUGCUGUUUAUUGUUUAAAGGAUGCGUAUCUUCCACAACGGCUUUUAGAUAAACUGAUGUUCAUUUACAAUUACGUGGAGAUGGCUCGAGUAACUGGUGUUCCUAUUUCUUUUCUUCUUUCAAGAGGGCAAAGCAUUAAGGUACUCUCGCAACUCCUUAGGAAGGCAAAACAGAAAAACCUCGUUAUUCCAAAUGCUAAACAUGCAGGAUCUGAUCAAGGAACCUAUGAGGGUGCUACUGUUUUGGAAGCAAGGGCGGGGUUCUAUGAAAAGCCCAUUGCUACGCUGGAUUUUGCAUCUCUAUAUCCAUCCAUCAUGAUGGCAUAUAAUUUAUGUUAUUGCACUCUGGUGACUCCAGAAGAUGCUCGCAAGCUAAACUUGCCCCCUGAACAUUUCAACAAAACCCCAUCUGGUGAGAUAUUUGUCAAGCCAAAUUUACAGAAGGGGAUACUUCCUGAAAUAUUAGAAGAACUAUUGACUGCUCGGAAAAGAGCAAAGGCAGAUUUGAAGGAAGCGAAGGAUCCUUUUGAGAAGGCUGUGUUGGAUGGUCGACAGCUAGCUCUGAAGAUAAGUGCAAAUUCUGUGUAUGGGUUUACAGGAGCUACUGUUGGUCAGUUGCCAUGUAUAGAGAUAUCAUCGAGUGUUACAAGCUAUGGUCGACAAAUGAUUGAACACACAAAGAAGCUUGUGGAAGAUAAAUUUACAACGCUUGGGGGAUAUGAGCACAAUGCUGAGGUAAUCUAUGGUGAUACAGAUUCCGUUAUGGUACAAUUCGGUGUGCCCAGUGUAGAAGCAGCAAUGAUCUUGGGAAGGGAAGCAGCUGACUAUAUCAGUGGUACUUUCAUAAAACCUAUCAAGUUAGAGUUUGAGAAGGUAUAUUAUCCAUAUCUGUUGAUUAGUAAGAAGAGAUACGCUGGUCUAUUUUGGACUAAUCCAAACAAGUUUGACAAGAUGGAUACCAAAGGCAUUGAGACAGUUCGAAGAGAUAAUUGCUUAUUGGUGAAAAACCUUGUAAAUGAGUGCUUGCACAAAAUUCUUAUCGAUAGAGAUGUCCCAGGGGCAGUUCAAUAUGUGAAGAACACGAUUUCAGAUCUGCUUAUGAACCGUGUGGAUUUGUCACUCUUGGUCAUCACUAAGGGACUAACAAAAACUGGAGAUGAUUAUGAAGUGAAGGCAGCUCAUGUUGAACUUGCUGAGCGCAUGCGUAAGCGAGAUGCUGCCACUGCUCCAAAUGUUGGCGAUCGUGUCCCUUAUGUGAUCAUUAAAGCAGCAAAAGGUGCCAAGGCAUAUGAGAGGUCAGAGGAUCCCAUUUAUGUUCUAGAGAAUAGCAUACCUAUAGACCCUCAGUACUAUCUCGAGAAUCAGAUUAGCAAGCCUCUUCUACGAAUUUUUGAGCCCAUCUUGAAAAACGCUAGCAAGGAACUUCUACAUGGAAGUCACACGAGAUCAAUUUUUAUUUCUACUCCGUCAAAUGGUGGCAUAAUGAAAUUUGCUAAGAAACAGCUUACCUGCAUUGGCUGCAAGGCUCUGCUAAGCAAGGCAGACAAAACUCUCUGCUCACACUGCAAAGGAAGAGAAGCGGAACUUUACUGCAAAGCAAUUGCAAAUGUGUCUGAUUUGGAGAUGGUUUUUGGGAGGCUUUGGACACAGUGCCAAGAAUGCCAAGGGUCUCUUCACCAAGAUGUCCUCUGUACGAGUCGAGACUGUCCGAUAUUUUAUCGAAGGAAGAAGGCACAAAAAGACAUGGCUGAAGCUAAACAGCAUUUGGAACGUUGGAAUUUCUAAUAUCGUUGAAAGGUUUUGUUUUGUUUUUCAUCAAGUUCAUGACUUAGAUAUCGACUAGAAAUUUGUUGUUUCUAGAAGCCUCCCUCCUGUAAAUUAUAGUUAUUAUACAUUUUAAGGCAAUUUAUUGUUACAUAAUUUGUGUAUGAA